AUGGGCAGCACCGACGGGUUCCAGUACCGCGCCCUCUACCCCUACCGCAAGGAGCGCGAGGAGGACAUUGACCUGCUCCCUGGGGACAUCCUGGUGGUCAGCAAGGGGGCCCUGCAAGCGUUGGGCUUUAAGGAUGGGGACGAACAGACCCCCAAUCAGAUCGGGUGGAUCCUGGGCGUCAACGAGCGGACCAAGCAGAAGGGUGACUUCCCUGGCACCUACGUGGAGUAUGUGGGGCCUGUGAAGAUCUCGGUGCCCUCUCACCGGCCCCGUGUGCAGAGGCCUCUGCCCGCCACACCAGGGGCCAGUGGCAGCCGGCUGCAGGAGCCUCUGGAGCAAGGGUCUCCCCUCCUGGAUUUGCAGGAGCAGUUCAGCCCUCCUGAGAUUGCGCCGCCGCUGCUGGUGAAGCUGGUGGAAGCUAUUGAGAAGAAAGGGUUGGACAGCGAGAUGUUGUACAGGACAUCUGGCUCCGAGCUGAGGCAAGCGCUGAGAACCGAUUGGACCCUGGGUGACCUGGAGCCCUUUGACGUGCACUCCCUGGGCGAGGCGCUGCGAGGUUACCUGCAGGACCUGCCCUCCCCCGUGGUGCCAGUGUCUGUGCACGGUGACAUCCUUCGUGUCCUGCAGGAGAUUCCCCAGCCGGAGAAUUGCCGGAAGCAGCUGCUGCUGGCCCUGGAGUCGCCUGCAGUCCCGCUCCAGAACACGCUCACCCUGCAGUUCCUGCUCCGGCAUCUGGGGAAGGUAUCGCAGCAGGCCGAGAGCAACAGCCUCCACCCCCGGGCCCUGGGGGAGAUCUUUGGGCCCCUUCUCCUCCGCCUGCCUGGCGCCAGCCCAGAGCUGAGCCCGGACUUCUCCAUCCUGUUUCUGGAGAUGCUUCUGCAGACGAAGGAGUUGGAACCAGAACAGUUGCCUCCAGCUUUGCCUCCAAAACCACCAAAGCCAAAGCCCAGCGCAGCCAGCCUGGCCAACGGGAACAGCGUGCCCUUGCAGGACGCCGAGUGGUACUGGGGUGACAUCUCCCGGGAGGAGGUGAAUGAGAAGCUCCGGGACACACCAGAUGGUACUUUCUUGGUGCGUGAUGCCUCCAGCAAGAUCCAGGGAGAGUACACCCUCACACUCAGGAAGGGAGGCAAUAACAAGUUGAUCAAGAUCUUCCACCGGGAAGGGAAGUACGGCUUCUCGGAGCCCCUGACGUUCGGCUCGGUGGUGGAACUUAUCACCCACUACCGGCACGAGUCACUCGCCCAGUACAACGCCAAGCUGGACACCAGGCUGCUCUACCCCAUCUCCAAGUACCAGCAGGACCAAGUGGUGAAAGAGGACAGCGUGGAAGCCGUUGGGGAGCAGCUGAAGGUCUAUCACCAGCAGUACCAGGACAAGAGCUGGGAAUAUGACCUGCUGUAUGAGGAGUACACACGCACGUCCCAGGAGCUGCAGAUGAAGAGGACAGCCAUCGAGGCCUUCAACGAGACCAUCAAGAUUUUUGAGGAGCAGUGUCAGACCCAGGAGAAAUGCAGCAAGGAGUACAUCGAGCGGUUCCGGCGGGAUGGCAACGAGAAGGAGGUUCAACGGAUCCUCAUGAACUCGGAGAAGCUCAAAUCUCGCAUCACCGAGAUCCACGACAGCAAGAUGAAGCUGGAACAGGACCUGAAGAAACAAGCCUCGGAGAACCGGGAGAUCGACAAGCGCAUGAACAGCCUGAAGCCAGACCUCAUGCAGCUGCGCAAACUGCGGGACCAGUAUUUGGUGUAUGUGCUGCCUGACCCCCCCCCCUCCACCCCCCUCAACAUGUGGGGGGGGCUACGUGCCCAAAUCGUGGGGGGUCCAAUCCUGCCUGUGCUCGAUUGCAGCCAGUACUCCAUGAUGGAUGAUGAGGAGGAGCUGCCCCACCACGAGGAGAGGACGUGGUAUGUGGGGAAGAUCAACCGCCUGCAGGCGGAGGAGAUGCUGUGCGGGAAGCGCGACGGCACCUUCCUGAUCCGCGAGAGCAGCCAGAAGGGCUGCUACGCCUGCUCCGUGGUGGUGGAUGGUGACACCAAGCACUGUGUGAUCUACAAAACAGCGACAGGCUACGGGUUUGCUGAGCCCUACAACCUCUACGCGUCCCUCAAGGACCUGGUCUUGCACUACAAACAUACGUCCCUGGUGCAGCACAACGACUCCCUGAAUGUCACGCUGGCUCACCCUGUCCUUUCCCAGCCACCAGCCAGAUGAGCAGCCCCUGCACAACCCAACAGCUGCCUUCAGCUUCUCUCCCAGGGCACUGCUUUUCUGGCUCUGGACUUUUGCAGCCUGUAUAGUUGAGUCUCUGUGCUCUGAGCCUCUGAGAUGUCUGUGACCGUUCCUGGUGUCCUUUUUGGUCGGUAGCUGAAACCCACGUUGGCUGAUGGGACAAAAAGAAGUAGCUGGGCUGUUGAUUCCCAGUGGGCUCCUGACUCUAUGAGGCGGGGUCCAGUUGUGAUUGAAUUGUUGUGGGCAAGCACAGCCCCCUCCCCUUCCCCAACCAGAGCCCCUCCUUGCUGGCAGGUUGCCCCGCUACACAUCCCUGUAGAGCUUGGUUCCCAGUUCCUCACUGCGGU